AUGGCCGCACCGGGAGCUGGCAACAUCAAAGUUGUCGUACGUGUGCGGCCCUUCAACAGUCGGGAGAAGGAUCGCAACGCAAAAUGUAUUGUGUCUAUGAAAGACAGCCAGACUGUCUUGACGCCACCCGGACCGGAUCCCAAUAGCAAGAACAAGGCAGGCCACAAAGCAUCGCUCGAGGGCAACAAGACGUUCGCUUUCGACAAAAGUUACUGGUCUUUCGACCGCAAGGACUCCAACUUCGCUGGCCAGGAGGAUUUAUUCGGUGAUCUGGGUAGACCAUUGCUGGACAAUGCAUUCCAAGGGUACAAUAAUUGUAUAUUUGCCUAUGGCCAGACGGGAUCGGGAAAGAGUUACAGCAUGAUGGGGUAUGGUGAGGAGGAGGGAGUGAUACCGAAGAUCUGCAGAGACAUGUUUGAGCGGAUAGAGAGCAUGGCGGAGAAGGAUAAGAAUAUGACGAGCACGGUGGAGGUGUCAUAUCUGGAGAUCUACAAUGAGCGGGUACGGGAUCUGCUCAAUCCGAGCACCAAGGGCAAUUUGAAGGUUAGAGAGCAUCCAUCUACUGGACCAUAUGUGGAGGAUCUUGCCAAGUUGGUCGUACGGAGCUUUGUAGAGAUCGAGCAUCUCAUGGACGAGGGUAACAAGGCUCGUACCGUGGCUGCGACGAACAUGAACGAGACAUCUUCGCGAUCGCAUGCUGUCUUCACCUUGACGUUGACGCAGAAGCGGCAUGAUGUAGAGACGAACAUGGACACGGAGAAAGUCGCAAAGAUCUCACUGGUCGAUCUUGCAGGUUCCGAGCGAGCUACAUCGACCGGCGCCACCGGUGCGCGCCUGAAAGAGGGUGCGGAGAUCAACAGAUCACUAUCAACCCUCGGUCGUGUCAUAGCCGCACUCGCAGAUAUGUCCACGAACAGCAAAGCAAAGUCAAAAGGCAUGCAAGUGCCAUACCGAGACAGUGUCUUGACUUGGCUCCUGAAAGACAGUCUGGGCGGAAACAGUCUUACAGCCAUGAUCGCCGCGAUUUCACCAGCCGACAUCAACUUCGAGGAGACGUUGUCGACUUUGCGUUAUGCAGAUAGUGCGAAGCGCAUCAAGAACCAUGCCGUCGUCAACGAGGAUCCGAAUGCUCGCAUGAUUCGGGAGCUGAAGGAGGAACUGGCUCAAUUGCGCUCGAAACUUUCUGGUGGUAGAGCGGGUGCAAGUAUGGCUCCUGGCGAGCAGUACGAUCCGAAUACACCUUUGGAGAAGCAGUUUGUAUCGAUCACUGGCGCAGAUGGUAGCGUGAAGAAAGUGAGCAAAGCCGAGAUUGCAGAGCAGCUAUCUCAAAGUGAGAAGCUAUAUACUGAUCUCAAUCAAACAUGGGAGCAGAAGAUGAAGAAGACCGAGGAGAUCCAUAAGGAGCGCGAACAAGCUCUCGAGGACCUUGGUAUCUCGAUUGAGAAGGGCUUCGUUGGACUGAGUACGCCUAAGAAAAUGCCGCAUCUGGUCAAUUUGAGUGACGAUCCCCUUUUGGCUGAAUGUCUCGUAUACAAUCUCAAGCCUGGUACUACGACAGUCGGCAACGUCGACGCUAAGGAUACAAACGGCCAUGCUGCAGUCGACAUUGUGGCUGAUGACCGGGAGCAGCACAACUCUGCGAUCGAUAUCAGACUGAACGGCUCAAAGAUUCUUCACGAUCAUUGCACCUUCGAGAAUGUAGAUGGCGUCGUCACAGUCGUGCCAAAGGAUGGCGCUGCGGUCAUGGUCAAUGGUGUACGCAUCGAAGCACCGAAAAGACUCCGCUCAGGCUAUCGUGUCAUCCUCGGCGACUUCCACAUCUUUCGCUUCAACCACCCGCAAGAAGCACGGGAAGAGCGCACGACGAUGGAACAGCAGGGUAGUUUGCUCAAGUAUAGCAUGACAGCUGAUGAUCUCGAGACGCCAAGCCCGAGCGUGAAGCAGCGUCCUGGUCGUGGUCAUGAGCGCACUGGCAGCUCUGUCAGCCGUACGAUGUCUGAGGUCGAUGGCGAGAUCAGUAGUCCGGGAAAUGAGUCGCCUGCACCUUGGCGCGAGCGAGGACAACACAGCAGAGAUAGUGAUUGGGCGUUCGCUAGGCGCGAGGCUGCGAAUGCUAUUCUAGGUUCUGACCAGAAGAUGUCAAACCUCACUGAUGACGAGCUGGAUGUGCUGUACGAUGAUCUGCAGCGUGUACGAGCUACUCGAAAGGCGAGGCCGGAAAGUCGGAUACUUGACUUUUCCAGCUUCGCCAGCAACGGUCUCACCAGUGGCGAUGUGACAGACACAGAGAGUGUGGCGAGUCAUCCUGUAGGUGUUCGUGAAAAGUAUCUCUCAAAUGGUACGCUGGACAACUUUAGUCUAGACACCGCGCUCACGAUCCCGUCUACACCACAACUCGCAAGCGACGAAGGCAGUGAGGUGCAACAGCCUUUUGAGCAAAAGGAGCAGAAAGAGCAGCAGACGGAAGAACUUCAGAAGGUCAAAGAGGAAAUGCAAGAACAGCUCGACAAGCAGAAGCAGGAGUUCCAGCAACAGCUCCAAGCCGAAGAAGCGGGUAAUGUAGAGAUCGAAGAGAUGAGAGUGGAGAAAGUCAAGAUGGAGGCCACGCUGGCUGAGAUGAAGGAGCAGAUGGAGCAGCAACUGCGAGAGCAGAAAGUUGCCUUCGAGCAACAACUCGCGGACUUGAAAUCUUCGCCUCGGCCGGCAUCCCGACGGAAGAGCGCAGCUGCGAGUGCCAAGGUGGGCAAAGGCGGGCUGACCGAACGCGACGUCUUUCUCGCCAAACAAGUCGUUGAGCACUGGAGACAACAACGCUACAUCGGUAUGGCCGCCACCGUCCUCCGAAACGCAAGUUUGCUCAAAGAAGCACAAGUUUUAAGCCAGCAAAUGGGCCAGAACGUCGUCUUCCAAUACACCGUCGUCGACACAGGCCACACCGUAAGCUCGACCUACGAUCUCGUCAUCAAUGGUGUAAGUGCCGAAGAAAGCAAUGAUAGUCAUCUUGAAGAUGCUCGGAAACCAGCUCUAGGGAUUCGCGUUAUCGAUUUUGGUCGUUCUGUCAUCAGACUCUGGAGCAUCGAGAGAUUGCACUCACGUGUUAAGAUCAUGAGGCAGAUGGCAGCUUACAUGGAUCGACCCGAAUACCUCCAGCACUUCCGUCUUGAUGAUCCCUUCGCUGAUCCCUGUAUGCCUGAGUACAGUCGGGUGGGGGAUGCGGAUAUCCCUCUCGCUGCGGUCUUUGAGUGUCGGGUCCAGGAUUUCACGUUGGAUGCUUACAGUCCUUAUACGCAAUCCGUUGUGGGUAUCAUACGAUUGAGUCUUGAGCCGAGUAGUGCGGAAGCACCGAAAGAGACACUCAAGUUCAAUGUUGUCAUGCAUGACCUUAUCGGUUUCGCCGAACGGGAAGGAACGGAUGUGCAUGCGCAGCUUUUCAUUCCUGGUAUCAGCGAAGAAGGUGGAGCGACCACUACGACGUUGAUUUCUGGAUUUGGAGAGGGGAGCGUGAAGUUCGGGAGUGUGCACUCCAUGUCCCUGCCUCUCGAUGCGCCCAAGGAAGCUAGUCUGCGGGUUUCGAUCUUCGCCAGGGUGACACCAAUGCAUAUGGACAAACUUCUUAGUUGGGAUGAUAUCCGGGAUGCUUCUUCUGUCUCGCUCGCAACUACUGGUGCAUCUGCGCGACCGAAGAUCAGACGGUUUGGCUCGAGGUUGCCCGAGAGUGCAUUCAUGAUGGAGGAGAGACAUGAUGUUUUUGCUAGGGUGCAGAUUUUAGAGAUUGAUGAGCAGGGGCUUUAUGCGCCCGUGGAGGUUGUGCAGAGUUCGACGUUUGAUCAGGGGAGCUACCAGUUGCAUCAGGGGCUGCAGAGACGGGUUGUGUUGAAUCUGGGGUACGCCGCUGCCGAUUCGCUGCCUUGGGAUGAGGUGCGUGAGCUGAGAGCCGGUAGUGUGCGAUUGGUCAGUGAAGAUGGGAAACUACAGGAUGCGGAUGCCGCGCAGAGCGAUGUGGCGCUGCCGUUAGUCAGUCCGCCGCAGACCAGGACAUCUGCCGACGGCAGCACGCAGGUCAAGCUGGUGGGCCAGUGGGACUCGAGUGCUCAUGGCUCUCUACUCCUCGAUCGACCGACCGUGGAAAAGUAUCGCGUGCAGCUUUCGCUAUCAUGGCAGGUGACCUCGUUAAGGACUACGCAGCCCAUGACCUUCAGCUUCGACCUCGCGGUACAGACACGGCCGAGAACGUGGUUCAGGCAGAACUCGCUACUAGCUCAACUAUGGCAUAACCAGCGCAUCGUGCACUCGACCGCUGGGAGCUUUGCCGUGACGCUGAAGCCCAGUGCGGUGAAGCGGGCUGGCGAUUUGUGGAAGAUGGAUACUAUGCACAUUCCUGUCGCGGGUGAAGAAGUACUUGAUGGAUGGGCACCAAGAAGUCUAUCACUCGUUCGAGACUUUCUGGAACACAGGAAGAGGAUGCAGCGGAUAGGUGAGCUUGAGGCUGCGCGUGGGUGGCUGAGCCUGGAAGCAUUAUCACCACCAGUUCGAGCUACGAUUGCGGAAGGCGAGGGAUUUUCCGCACGACAGUUGCAGCUGUUGAACAAGAUGCUCGAACUAUGGCAGACAGCGCCUUCGGCUAGCGAGCUGAUGCUGCUGCGAUCGCAGAAUGCUACGCCUGAUAUCGACAGCAGCAGCUACACUGACGGAACACAUCAACCGAAACGACUAGCGGCGACAGUCGAUCACAUCCCCAAGUCACCCGCAGUGCUGAAGUCUGGCUGGCUGCUCACGCCCUCACCAACGAACAAUGCACAAUGGAUACGUCGAUUCGCCGAGCUACGAAGACCAUACAUGCAUCUCUACGACAGCACAGGCGAUGAAAUCGCCGCUCUGAACAUCACAGAUUCGCGCAUCGACUCAGAACCGCAAGUCGCGAAGCUUUUGCAGCGAGAUAGUGUCAAGAUGGAAGUAUGGGCUGUGUACGCCGUGAGCAAAGCAUGGCUAUUCGCCUGCAGGGACGAGAAACAGAAGGGAGAAUGGAUCUGGGCAGUCGAUAGAGCGUUUGGCGGCAGUAGAGAGCAGCAGACGCCUAUGGAGGUAUAUCAGGAUGAUAUGAUCUGA